AGGGCAGUUUCAGAGCUACGGAGGUUUGCAGUACGAGUUAAACACAGAGACGCUGUUUCAAAGUGUUAUUGAAAACAACAACAACAAUAAUAAUAAUAAUAAUAAUAAUAAUAUUAAAUCAAAGUGCUUUAACAUGAAGUGGGUUUUCGGAUUCGUGCUGUUAGGAUCCCUGCACUUGGCAUCGGGGAAGCUCUCCAUUGUUCUGAAGAGUCCGGAGGUGGGGCCAGUGUUGGAGGGGCAGUCAAUCACUUUGGAGUGUCUCUCUGAUGAGGACUCGGACAUGAGUGCCUACACCUUCGAGAAAUACGCCAAGUUCAUGGACUCCUGGUUUGCUGUGGACGGUUCGAAUCGGUUCCGGUGCUGGUACUAUGAUGUGAAAGUCAAUCGCUCCGCGGGUCGGCUCCAGCUCCAGAUCCCCGAGGUCCAGAGCUGGAACGCCGGGCCGUUCCGCUGCGUCCAGAACAACGGGACCGAGCAGCACAGUGUGUCCAACAGCCUGUCUGUCCCCGUGCACUAUCUGCGCGAUGUCUCUCUGUUCAAGGACAACAGCUUCUACAGCCGCUACUCUGAGCAGCUGAAAGUCCUGACUGUGGCACCAGGGAGCGAUGUGGAGGUCGAGUGCUCUGCCUCUGCCUCAGAGAACCCGCUGUACUCCUGGAGCAGAGAGGGUGAUGAUUGGGUUGAGGUGUCCAACAAGCUGAAGAUCCAGAAGGUGAGAGAAGAGGAUGCUGGGACCUACACCUGCACUGUGCAGCACCCCUCCGUGCUGUCACUCAGCAAGACCCGCUCCCUGCAGCUGCUGGUGGUGCCUGAGGAGGAGAGAAAAGCAGAGCGCUGGCUGGGCCUGCCCCAGCUCAGCCUGUUUCUGAUGGCUGGGAUCCCAGCUCUGGUUCUGAUCGUGGUCAUCGUGAGCCUGGCAGUGUACCUGUCAAGACGCAAACCCUCCUCCCUCAAGGGGCCCAUUGAUGAUCGCUCCAUGAAGAAGCCGAUCUACCGCGGCAGUGUGGAGUCAGUGGACUCCACUGUGGGAGACUCGCACCCCCUGGUCUAGAGAGAAGCUGUACAGCCUCCUUCCAGAACCCUUUCCAAACGAGAUCCUGACAGAGCAAAGAAAAUAAAACCACCUGCAUUAGCUUUGCAUAAUCAAUAUAUUUCUCACUGACGGUGUUUUCCAUUGCUUUAUCUGAGGGCACCCGGCUCAUAUGGGGCUCCCUCGUGCAUUUACUUGCUAGUCGUUCUUUUUUUUCAUGAAAGGGUUCAAAUAUUUUCAUUAUUUUCUUGGGCAUCACUUGGGCUGCAGGGUUUGUGCAAUCUUAUUGAUUAUUAUUAUUAUUAUUAUUAUUAUUAUUAUUUAUUAUUAUUAUUAUUAUUAUUAUUAUUAUAUCCACAGUACUCGUGUUAUUAUUCCAGGCUGUGAUUGCUGUAUCUGGGUUUAGAAUUGAAAUGCAUUGAUAGAAUAUAAUCUAAUAGAGUGGAGUUAUAGAUUAACAAAGGGCUCUGUAGUACAGUAUAAUCUAAUUGAGUGGGGUUAUAAAUUAACACCUCAUAUUCUUUAUAUUGGUGUCUCAUUUAAGAAUGUAAUUGUAUAAUUGAACUUUGAAGAUGGUGUCAGUUCAUUUCGAUCUCGCUGUUCUGUUCUCUCUGUGUUAUUUUCACUCGUCCGCCACUCUUCUGUCACGAAUAAUUUGUGUUGUUUCAAUCAAGUUGUUAAUUUUUCCGUUUAAAUAAGUAAAUAAAACCAUUCUUCUGAA